UUCAGAAAAUGAAGUUUCUCAUCAUAUUUCUCUUACUACUAUUGUUAAUCGCCAUCGAAAGCAAGAAGGACAAAGCCACAAAGAAGAAAGAAGGCACGAAGCAGGAAGCUACGAAGAAGAAAGAAGCUGUCAAAGAGAAGGUUGCGAAGAAGAAAGACGAUACUAAAGAAAAAGCCACAGAACUGAAAGAAGACAUAAAGAAAAAAUCUGUAAAAAAGGAGGAAGGCUCGAAGAAGAAAACAAAGAAAAACCCACAUUUCGCUUUUGAUGGAAGAAGUGAAUGGGGCGAUAAGUCAUUGAAGAAAUGCUUUGAACCAGACCCACUCAAAGAGGAUUACUUGUGCUACAAGUACUUUCGCAAUUACGAGGUGGUCUAUCUUGAUCCAGUAGAUACGAAUCCCAUCAUUAUGAUAUACCGACGGCUCAUACCUAAAGAGUUCAUCGACGAGUUCUUGUUGGACGUAGAAUACAAGCAAAAGAGAAAAGCAGAGAAGAAGCAAGAAGAGGACUUCAUCGCCAAAUACAUGACAUCCCGAAGAGUAGCAAACGAAACAAUUAUAGUGCAUAAAGCAAGGAAAGGCGUUGCAAGAGUUUUCAAUCGGAUUCAGUCGCUAAUCCCCAUGUUAAACUUUGAGUUAUCGGGACCUUGGCAGGUGCUCUCAUACAAAGAGGGUGGUCAUCAUGCACCACACUAUGAUUACAUAACGUAUUCGUCACCGGAUCAGUACAGCCGAGUCACACGCAAAGAAGGCAAUAGAUUCGUCACGUUUGCCAUCACAUUAAAGGCUGCCGAUAUAGGUGGAGAGACCGUAUUUGUGCUCUCUAAUCACACCGUGACUUUGGAAGCUGGUGAUGCGCUGCUUUUCACGAAUAUCGACAAGAAUAUGAGACCGGCACCUGGAGCCGCUCACGCUGAAUGUCCAGUCCAGAAAGGAGAAAAAAUUACGGCUACUCUAUGGCUGCGUCCUAGAGGUCAAGAGCUUUUUUACUCGCAUCCUCAAGAAGAGGGACUAUUCGCUUUUGAUAUCGAAAAACUUGUAACUCCCAAUAUGAAAUGGUACUUCAAAAGUCCCAUCUACGACUUCUACAUCUAUCAGCAAAUGAUGAUGGAAUCCUUUGCGCAACAGUUCGCGCAGCAAGAGGCAGCAAAGAAGAAGAAGAAUCCGUUUUUCUAGAAGGCUUGCUUUUGUAAUGUUUUUGUUAGUGUGCUUUCCCACAAAUAUUACCGGUAGGUUCCUUUUUCCUCUUACCUUCGCUUUCGCAAAGAUUUUUUAAAUAUGACGUUGUUGUAUGAUGAGAUGUGUUG